UAGAGGUCAGUUAUUGCCGUCAUGUCGGACUUAUCUUGUUCUCCUUUCCCUCGGCAACUUAAACUUUAAAGGGCUGAAUUUUAACUGAAAACCUGUUUUUCGAUAGCACAUAUUCCUGAAGGCUGCUUUAUAACAAGGACAGCUCUGUAAAUCUUUGCAAGAUGAAGAUAGCGGUGGAGGGAUGUUGCCAUGGGGAACUGGAGAAAAUUUAUGCCACAAUUCAGCAUCUUGAAGAAAAAGAAGGUAUUAAAGUUGACCUUUUGCUCUGCUGCGGUGACUUUCAGGCAGUCCGUAAUGAAAGUGACAUGGAAUGCAUGGCUGUACCCAAGAAAUACCGCACCAUGAACUCAUUUUACAAGUAUUACUCCGGGGAGAAGAAAGCUCCCAUUCUGACACUGUUUAUUGGUGGUAACCAUGAGGCAUCCAACUACCUUGGUGAGCUGGCCUAUGGAGGAUGGGUGGCACCUAAUGUCUACUACAUGGGGUAUGCCAGUGUGGUCAAUUAUGGCGGCAUCAGGAUAGGCGGUAUCUCGGGCAUCUUCAAGCAGCGUGACUUCAGGAAAGGGCACUUUGAGAUCCCUCCCUACUCACAAGACACUGUCCGGAGUGCCUACCACACCAGGGGAUUGGAAGUAUUCCGACUCAAGCAGAUCGCACAACCAAUUGACAUCAUGAUGUCACAUGAUUGGCCACGAGGAAUUUAUCACCACGGUAACACAGAGCAGCUCCUCAAGAAAAAGUCACGUUUUAGAGAUGAAGUGCAUAGCAACACACUGGGUUCCCCGUGCCAUGAGGAGUUAUUACAUCAUCUGAAGCCUACAUACUGGUUCGCUGCCCAUCUACACGUCAAAUUUGCUGCUGUUGUGUCACAUGGGUCUGCAAGUGGAGAGGACAAGACAACCAAGUUUCUGGCACUUGACAAGUGCCUGCCCAGAAGGAAUUUCCUUCAGGUUUUGGACAUACCCCACAAGACUGAUGCACCUUGGGAGUUGACCUAUGACACGGAAUGGCUGGCCAUAUUGCAAUCAACCAAGUUGCUCCUUACAACUAAUGACAGGGUUGUGUACAUGCCGUCUAAGCAGUAUAAUAGCAAGUGGGACUACAUUGUUUCUCUUGAGCAACUGUCGGCCAUCCGGGAAAUAUUCCAAGACAACUUGAAGGUCCCACUCAGCUUCACCCAGACUGUGAGAGUGCACGACCCAGCCAACCCUGUGAAGAACCCGACCCAACCCAAGGCUGCCGUGAAUCCACAGACGGCGCUCUUUUGCUCUAAGCUGUCCAUCACUGACCCAUUUGCAGCCAUCAUGGAGAGCACUGGCCAGAGCAUCCCGGCCACUCCAUCUCCACUCAGGACUACCAGCCAGAGGGACGUGACCGUCAACACAGAUGAAGACAGUGCCAUCUACGAUUCCUUCACUGUUCCCUGCGAUACCUCCAUCGAGGAAGGCAGUGAAGAGGAUGCUGCAAACUCCUCCAGUAACCCUGCCGAGAUCAGUUUAGACGAUAACGAAGAUGAAGAGGAGGAGGUUGUCAGGACAGGCUUAAGAGAUCGCUCUGUAGAUCGCCCCCUCUUGAUCGACUUACCUACACCUUUGGGACGUCUUGGAACAAGCCUGGAUGAAAAAAUGAGCCAUGAAAUCUCCCUGGAUGUCAGCAAUGUGAGCAGCACACCCCUCAAAGAUUCGAUCAUCAGAGAUGCCACUGCGGAGACGCCGGUAUUAACGACAGGAAAGAUGAAGCGAAGGAAUCUGGACAUCUAUUCCUCGCAAGAGGAGGACUCGGCAACGGAUGAAACACGAACUGCUUGCUUGUCAUCAGCAGGAGAAUCAAGCAGCACAGAAUCGGGGUCAUCAGGAGGUAAGAAGCUUAAGAGAAGGAACCAGUCAAUGUACACAUCAAAUGAGGACUCGGGGUAAACCUGAUUGGUGUCAGUGCUAUCUCCAACUCAUGUACUUGUGUAGAUGUACAUGAUGUUUACAUUUGUUUAAGUCCUCGUUCCUGUGUUCACCUCAAAUUGACAUACUAUUUGUGUCUAGACGGACAGAAUACAUUCCAAAUUGGGGGGUAAAUCCAUUUUCAUUGUCUGCCCAAAAAAACACUUGGUAAAGACCCAGCCUGAGUACAUUUUUUUCAUACAAAACAUACAUCUUGAUAAUACUUUGUUUCAUCAAUAUAACAAUUGCAGGUGUAGAAGAACUGGGGAUUAAAAUAUUUACUGGGAGUGUAAAGCCCAUCAAUGCAGGUGCACAUACCUCGUGUAAGAUUCAGAUGAAUUGUGUUGAAAAAAAAUCAAAUUUAAAUAGUUUGGUCUGAAGAAAUGUAUAAAUGUGCAGACCUGCAGAUUUUAACCUGUGUGUUGAGGUAAAGAAGCAAGUCGACUGCUUUUGAAUAUUUUUAAAUGUGUUAUGGAAAGUCACUUUUUAGUCAGAAGAGGGAACUGAGACAGAAGUUUACUUUCACUUGGAAGACCGUCCAAAAUCUGCAAGUUUUUCAAGAUACUGUGUUCUUUUUUCUGUGUUUCUUACUGCUUUACAUUCAGUUUUACCGUAAUAAACACACUUGUUAUGGAAGUGUUUUUUUAAUUUCCAGUCGAAAGUGCUUUUAAUCCAUCUUUGUUCAGCAAAUAUUAAAUUUCUGAAGCGUUGAUCAGACUUUCAUUUGUGUACUUUAUAGACUGAGAUGUUACUUUGACUCAAUCGUUUUCAUUGGAGAUAAAAGAAUUGUAACCUUGAUUAA